AUGGCUGAAAAAGUGAAAUUUCAAGAACUGGAUCCACAUUCAGCAAAAUUGUUAUCGGGUCUAUGUCCAGAUAUUCCUAAGUUCGGCCGUUUUGGAGACGGCGGUUGUCUAAUAUCCACCAAUUACAAGGAUGAAGCCGACCAGUUCAAGACUUUGACGGUUCGGCCUGACGACGUCUGGAUUAUCACUUAUCCUCGUUCCGGUACAACAUGGACACAGGAAUUGGUUUGGCUGCUGAAGAACGACCUUGAUUACGACAAGGCAUCGAAAUCCGACUUGCAACUGAGAUAUAUUUCCACUGGAACUAGACAACUGGCGUUUCCAGAAUUGCUAAAAACAUUCGGAAGCCGGCCCAGUGUCAUAAAAACACUGGAAAAUGCACCUUCUCCCCGGUUUAUUAAAAAUCAUUUUCCUUUGUCCCUGUUACCUGGAAAUCUCCUGGAUACUGCUAGGGUUGUGUACGUGGCUCGUGAUCCUAGGGACGUAGCAGUUUCUUUUUAUCAUUUCUUCAAAUUGAUGGACCGUGAUGUUGGAGACUUUAAAUUGUUUUGGAAUCUUUUCAUUAAUGAUUUGAUUGCGUAUACUCCGUUCUUCGCGCAUUUAAAAGAAGCAUGGGCACUCCGUCAGCACCCACACAUGCUCUUCAUCUUUUAUGAGGACUUAUUAAAGGAUUUGCCCUCAGCUAUAAAACGCAUAGCUACAUUUCUCGAUAAUGAAGUAACGAAUGAGCAAAUCGCGAAGCUUUGCGUCCAUUUGCACAUAGACAACUUCAGGAAGAAUGAGUCUGUUAAUCUGACAUGGCUGACUAACCGCAUUGGCAACCCUAACGCCGAGAGCUUCAUACGGAAAGGCAAAUCGGGGGGCUGGCGAGAGCACUUCGACGAAGAGAUGACGGCGCAAGCGCAGCGGUGGAUGCGCGAGAACCUCUCCGACUGCGACCUGCGCUUCCCUGAUGCCGAUCUUUAGACAUACACUAUUAUACAAAUAAAUCACGCUUUCUUCGCCCAGAGGCUGAGACUAGCGGUGCAGAGGGGCAACACCGCUAGCGUUUUUGCGACCAUGAGGGAAGGGAGUGAUUUGGAGGAAGUCUUCUAUAUUUAG